CGGCGAUCGAUCUGUUUCUGUUCCUUAAGUCCUCAAUCUCUACUAUUCUUUCUACUUGCAUACUAAUCAAGGGACAAGCAUCUAUUGACACGAGAAGCAAACAGUGCACGAAUAUCUUCCACCUAUCUACGAUACCGAUCGAGCCCUAUCUACGAUAGUGGACCGCUACCACCAGACUAAGAAUUCCAUCAUUCCUGCACUCGCCAGCCGGUGAUACAUCCACAUUCCUGUACAAUCUGAAAUGCCAUAUCUCUUCAUCGUACAUACCAACUGACCACAUCAGAGUGCCGUCUUGAGCUAUACGCUCUUGACAACUCUCUUCGCCCAACAUGCCUCCAGUUAUACAAGUGGGGGAUGACUUCCCCAGCAUUCCAGCACCCGACAACAAUGACGUGCUCAGUAAAUUCCAGCCGUCGCCAGAGGUCGAAGCCCUCGCGGAACGAUCAGUGACAGCAUCACUCCCGGAAAAGCCCCAUUAUCUCGUGGCACGAGAUAGCUCUGCAAAGUAUAUCCCGGGCGAGGGUGCGGUUGACCCACAUAAGAUCAACAUGCAGGGUCUGCUGGCGCUUUUCGCCCUUAUCGGAGCUGCGUUUGUCCUCGCCGCCAUCUGGUUCUUCUUCUGGGCCAAGAACGGCGGAUUCAUCUGGCGAAAGGGAGACUGGGAGGAUUACAAGUCGACAGUUCUACGACGCAAGGGUCCCGACGGCGAAACACUAAGUAAUGCGACGAAGAGUACCAAGCUGGGCGGCGGCAGCGUCGUCGGCAAACGCUACGAUGACGACGGCUACACAGUCUCAGGAUACACCGAUACAGCGACGGAAAUAACAGAGAAGGACGGACCGAGGCGCAAGCCUGGGCUUAAAGAGAAACUCCUGGGACGACAUAAGAACGAGCGAUAUGAGAACGAGGCAGAUGAGGAUGUGCGCGCGUACCGCAAAGAGAAGCCAGCUCGAAUCGGUGGUAUCAACGCCGAGGCCGAUGGCACCUACUACGGCAGUGACUACGACACUUCCAAUCCACCCAGUUACUACCAGCAGAGCGAGAUGAGCCAGGUUCGCGAUUACGCCUACGAACCAAGUCGUCACAAGAGCACACGCCGUGAUUUUUCUUUCACCCCGGGCACCGAAGAAGUCCUCAGCCAGCCUCCAACAGAACAUCACCGUAUCCGCGAACCCUCUACCCGCCGUCACAAUCGCCGUCGCGAAAGACGUCACCAUGCACCUCCGACAUCCUCCUCACGCCAGAGCAGUCCCCGCAAGCGUGACAGACGGUCUGCGCCGGGUCAUUACACCGAGCCGCUUGACUUUUCGUCCGCUCCUUCGCGCUCCGAAUACCAGUACUCGAACGUUGAUACGGAAGAUACUGGAACCAGGAGCUACCACCACCCGAUUCCCGGAUUAAGCAAGGGAUACCGUCGUGAUGGAGGACGGAGCCGUCGCCGCGACAGUCUUAGUGAUAGUGACGGCGAUGAAACUCGCUACUCGUGAGGUCUGGGUUCCUCUUAUCUACGGAAGUUUCACGACAAGUCUCUAUUGGCAAAUGUAAAUAAUUGCACUUUUUCUUUUUCUUUCCUUUUCAAUUUUUUCAAUCAAAUCGACGAGCACAGGGAAUACGAAUGGAACGGGCACCAACA